GUGGCGGGCGAUAUGCAAUGUACUUAUAGAUUAUAAUAGGUAGUAUGUCUCUUAGGAACCACAUUGGAGGUCUCAAAUUCGAAUCCUUGGGUGGGUGGAGAGGAUUUGAGAAGGGAAGCACCAUCCCUAUUGUAUCACCUGUCAUGGUUAUUAAAUCAAUUUUCUCUAGCCAAGGAACUAUUCAACAAACUCUUCUUGAGAAUGAACUAUUUGAGGAACUACUUAAGGGACUCUUCUAAAGAAAUGUAUUGUAUUAUCAAAUUUUUUUUUUUAACCUCAUAUUUUGAGUUUGGCUGGGGUUGGGGGUCUAGUUGAUAAGUUUGUUGAGAAGGAAAAGCCCUUCCUGAUGGCAUAUGAAGGAAUUCAAAGUCAAGAAGAAUGGGAGGUAUAUGCUGUUGCUUUUGAAAUAUGGUUAAUAGAUUUUAUCCUCGAAGUUGAUUUUUUUGUAUUCCUAUCACUUUGAACAGUGUUUGGUGUGUCUUUUCUUGAAUAUCCAUCUUUCGCUGCAAAUAUGCAAGAGUUUAAAUGCUCCAGUUAUGCUAGUUAUUCCAGCAAAGACAAGAAAAAGAAAAAGAGAACUGCAGGCUUCAUGUAUCUUGUGAGACAGAUCUCUUGUACUGCUGGCUAAAUGCACAG